AUGAACCUAAUUGACCUCCCUGCCUCAGCCAGUGAUUAUGUGCCGUUUGUGAGACGGAUCGGGGUCCCUAUCCUGGAUCUAGCACUGGUCCAUCGGUACACGUAUACCUACCCGAACUUCCCCCUCUACCACACGGCCUACGAGACGUUUCACCUCCAGAAGAGCUUCAUCGAUCCUGACUUCCAGUUCCACCGCCUCAUGUCCCAGCUGUGGGGGAACGUGGCUCUCUCUCUCGCCGAGUCCUGGAUUCUGCCAAUCGAUCCCUCUGAGUACGCAGACACAGUUCAGGAGAUGUACAACUGGCUGGAGAAUGGGUACGGGGACAAGUUUGAAGGGUCGGCCAUCUCGUUAGAUGCGCUGGAGUCAGCCGUGGCUAACUUCUCCCAGGCAGCGAUGGUGUUCGAGGAGGAACUGUCCUCUUUGGGAAACGAGACAGACCCACUGGUUGCCCGGAUGUACAAUGACCAGUUGAUGCAGAUGGAGAGGGCCUUCAUAGAUCCACUGGGCAUCCCCUACAGGAAAUUCUAUAGGCACACCAUCCUGUCUAGCGGCCUCUACACAACCGACACCUUCCCUGCUCUGGGUGAUGCGGUCAGGAGGAUGGGCAGCGACUGGACCGAUCCCGGAAAAGCGGACAAACUCGAGGAGCUCAAGGAACAGCUGUCAAUCAUCACGUUCUUCAUCCAAUCAGCUGCCAACACCCUGGCUAAGCCGGCCUCAACUGUGUUUUAGAGCUGCAUAAGUAGCCUGGUAUCCAGCCAUAAUAUAGCUCCCGAGUCUCUUCUCUCCUCUUCGCAAUGGUGGAGAGGAGAGACUCUGGAGCAAUAUUACGGUUGGAUACCAGGCUACUGCAUAAGGCCACAUCGACUUAAUUUUAUGGAUGACAUCCUCUAUGGCAAGAAGACAUAAAGCUAGAGGGCAGGGAGAAAAACUUGAAUAUGACUGUAUGCACCCCAAGGCACAAACCUGGUCCUCAGGCAUCAUUAUUAUGUUUUUCCAGUUAAGGUUUUUUUUUAAAAAUCUUUUCAAGUUCAGAAAACCAACAAAUUAAAUUGGUGAUGUCUUAUGUAGCACUCAGGGGUGGAGGAAACUAGUUAUGAGGAGAUUCCGAGCGAGCUCGCCGGAGUGAGUGAGUGGUUAUGUAGCUUUUAUAGCUUUAGGUUCAGUUUAUUACUUAUUAUAAGAUCAAUGUUUUCGACUUGACAGUGAGAGAAGAGACAUGGCCUGUGGUGUUCAUGUACACGUGAUGUUUAUUGUGACAGUUUGUGCAGCAUGCUGCACUCCCCUGCCUUUCCACAACUCAGGGCGGUCCCAGGCAACUGUUUCUAUGGCAGUCCCUAGCAACUGUUUCUAUGGCAGCCGGGGUGUGAUCAUCUGAACUGAAGUAUAUUAAAUCCUGCAUGUAGCAAGUAAGAGAUGAAGUUGUGGUCUUACAAAUGUCAAAUACGUUUAUCCAACGGUAUUCAGCACUCAGGUCAGAUUUGUUCAGAUGAUUCUCACAAUGAAGUCUACUACAAAAUGGUGCCAUACAAAUUACAUUCUUUUUACUCCUUGGCACAUUUCAACCACAACAAAGAUGUGCUAAGUCGUCUCCCUGCCCCCAGUACAAGUUUGUGCCAAAAGGCUCAAGUUUUACCAAUACCCCCCAGACAAGCAACUGAUGAUGCUACUUAAUAUGUAGUCAGUGUUGUGCAAAAAGUUUGCCAACAGAACAGUUGGGUUCCAUGGUUGCUAUGGUAAUUUGGUUGCUAUGGCUACGGGAUAUUCACGGGCAUGGCUUGCAAAAGCGGCUGGCAUCAUUUUGCACAACACCAACUAGAAAACAGCAUCAACAUGUCACCUAGCAACAGUACAUAUGGCUGCCAUGGGUCGGGUUACUUCCUCCAAUGCCUCCUGAUUGGUGGGACUGUACCACCUUUGUGGCUGAGCGGGGGAGGGCAGCAUGGGCACACACUUAUGCCUACAUGUCGUGAUUUACAGUGCACAUGAGAACAGUGUUUACUUGCAGCUAUGAUGACCACUUUCUGUCAAAUAAAGUACUUCUAAUCAGUCUGCUAUAAUUCAUACUGAUUUCAGUGUCAUAACAAGUGUAACAUACUCGGUGUCUUGUUUUCAAGUGGGCUACUUGUAUACCACUGCAACGAAAGGAAGAUCAUCUAUAUAUUUCUCCUUACCUACUCCAAUUUACUAAUAAUGUUUUUGAGUCAUGUCUACUGGGGAGAAUUAACACAUGAUCAGGAGAAGCCCAGUUGUCAAACAAUCCCAUAUACUGGUUUUCCCAAAAAUCGAUUAAGAAAAUGUGAAUAAAAACCAACAAACUAAAACCGUCAAGUUGCAUCAUAUCAAAGGUGGUACGUGUAAAUUUCGAUAAAGUUUCAAAUAUGAAUAUAAUUUAACAGAUAAAUCACAAAAUUUCCAAAAGCAGCAAUUCUACUCAAGAUUCAACUCAAGAUUCUUCUUGUCUAUAGAAUCCAUAUCCUUUGGACACAAUCAUGGUUAACAUUUGUAGCAUGUAAAAUUGAUGUACAUUGUACUACGGAAUAACCUAAUGACUUAACAAUCCUCGGUAACACUGAUGUAUUCAAGGUCACUCUAAUGACCUUCAAGGAAAGACAAAAACUGUCCAUAAUAAAUUCAUUUGUAGUGACUAAAAAUUGAA